AUGGCGGUGCGCGGCCCGUGGCUGCUGCUGGCCGUGGUUCUGUGCGCGGCCGCCGAGCCGCGCUGCCCGUCGUGCCCGGCGGGCUCCGAGCGGCGGCUGCUGGAGGAGGUGGCCAAGAAGCAGCUGCUGGAAAAGCUCCGGCUCCGCGAUCGCCCGCGGCUCGCCCACGCCGUGCCCCGCGCCGCCGUGGCCCGCGCCCUGCGGCGGCUGCAGGCGGGAGGCGCCCAGCGGAGCGCCGGUGUUACCGGAGAGGAGGAAGAGGAGCAGGGCUACGAGAUCAUCAGUUUCGCCGAGACAGAUCUCACAUCCCCCUCCAGUUUGGGGCUGCAGUUCCAGUUCAGCCAGGCGCAGGACCAGGACAUUCGCAUCCUGCAGGCGCAGCUCUGGCUCUACCUGCGAGCGCCCCGGGCCAGCCUCACCCUGAGGAUCUUCCUGGCCGGUGAAAACGCCGCCGCGGCCGGGGACAACCGCACGCUGCUGGCGGAGAGGCGGCUGAGCACGGUGGGCAGCGGCUGGCGCUCCUUCCCCCUCCUGCCGGCCCCGCAGAGCUUCCUGAGCGGGCAGAGCCGGAGCCUGCGCCUGGAACUGGAGAGCGGCGGGGACAGCAGGGAUGUCACGGCUCAGGUCAACGCCAGCCGGUCCCAUCAGCCUUUCCUGGUGGCCAAGGUGAAGGUGAAGGAGCCCGAACACCGCGUGGCCAAGCGCAGCCUCCGCUGCAGCCAGAACUCCAACCUGUGCUGCCGCAAGGAUUACUACGUGGACUUCCGUGACAUCGGUUGGAACGACUGGAUCAUCAAGCCCGAGGGCUACCAAAUAAAUUACUGCGUGGGCCAGUGCCCUCUGCACGUGGCAGGCAGCCCUGGCAUGGCCUCGUCCUUCCACACAGCCGUCUUCAACCUGGUCAAAGCCAACAACAUCCAGGCCUCGGGGCAUUCCUGCUGCGUGCCCACGCGGCGCCGGCCGCUCUCCAUCCUCUACUUCGAUCGCGACAGCAAUAUUGUCAAGACUGACAUUCCUGACAUGAUUGUUGAUGCUUGUGGCUGUAGUUAA